AUGACUGCAGGCAUUACUCAACCACCGUAUCCGCUCCACGAGUCCGUUAAAGACCUACUGGACCCGGAGUAUGUGGCAUUCUAUAACGAGCAUGUCAUCAAUAACCAGCAGGUGCACCUCCGGCCCGUGGAAGCGUCACGGACAAGUGGUGUCUUGAUUCCCGGUGCGGGUCCUAUGCUGGAGGUGGGUAAGACCCAAGACAUCACUGUUCAGCGACGAGCUACUGCAGGCCCAACAGUACCCAUCCGUUGCUUUACUCCCAAGGGUAAGACGCCUCCUGGGGGAUGGCCGGUGAUGCUGUAUUUCCACGGUGGUGGUUGGGUGCUGGGUAAUAUCGACACGGAGAACGUGGUGUGCUCGAACCUCUGUGUACGAGGCAACUGUGUUGUGAUUACAGUUGACUACCGUCUGGCACCCGAAAACCGCUGGCCGGCCGCAGUCCAUGACUGCUGGGAAGCUCUUCUCUGGCUGAUUGCAGAUGGCCCCGCCGCACUCUCGGUGAAUGUAUCCAAAAUCGCAACGGGUGGCUCCUCCGCCGGUGGGAACCUUGCUGCGAUUAUGACACAUAAGGCGCUGACUCUGUCACCGCCUGUUCACUUCCGAGCCCAGCUUCUGUCUGUCCCCGUGACAGACAACACCGCCACAGUUGAGAACAGCGAGUCAUAUCGUCGAUACGAGCAUACCCCCGCACUCCCCGCACUCAAGAUGUACUGGUACCGCGACCAUUAUGUUCCCAACGAGGCUGAUCGUGCCAACCCAGAGUCAAGCCCGCUGUUCUGGCAGGGUGAUUACUCUCAAUUGCCGCCUGCACUGGUUAUGGUUGGUGAGCUGGAUGUGCUGCGUUCAGAGGGCGAGCAGUAUGCAGAGAAGUUGCAGAAGGCUGGUGUGGCUGUUGAUUUGCAGGUUAUGAAGGGCAUGCCCCAUCCGUUUUUGGCUAUGGAUGGGGCAUUGUCUGAGGGCAAGAGGUGUAUCACUCUGAUGUGUGAUGCGCUACAAACUGCAUUUUGGGCUUGA